AUGGCAUCAUCGAGCAAAUUACCCGGUACAGGCUUGGAAGAUGUUGGCGUACCAGGCCAAACUUACUUAAGGGACGCUCUGACAAGCUGUACGGAUCCUUUGAAGGCUAUUGAAGAAUUCCAACUUGAAAAUGGUAUAUUAUUACCGUCGCUCAGACCCAUGUUGCCAUUGUUAGACCUCCAUGGGGUAAGAAGACUGGAUUUUCAUACAUCAGUUUUAGAAGAACUAAGAGAUAAAUUGAUAGCACAUAUAAAUGAACUUGGCACCAAAGAGAGCAAGGAGAAUGACAAGAAACUCAAGGAACUCUUGUCCAAGAGUUUUGCCGUUGUCAGAGUCAAGGCAUUAAGGCCAGUAAUAAUGAGCAUCCUUAAGAAUACACCUCAUAUAGAUGAUAAAUAUCUUAAAGUAUUAGUUAGAGACAGAGAACUUUACAAUGACACUGAUACUGAAGUGAAGAGACAAAUCUGGCAAGAUAAUCAAUCACUAUUUGGAGAUGAAGUGUCACCAUUAUUAAGUCAAUACAUAAGAGAGAAAGAAAACAUACUGUUUGAUCAUGAAAACUUAACAAACCUUUUCUUUUCGCCGUCCCCUAAAGUGAGGAGACAGGGUACUGUGGUUCAAAAACUUGCUCACAUGAUUGGAAAUAGUGUAAAGUUAUAUGACAUGGUUUUGCAGUUCCUAAGAACUCUGUUUUUAAGGACUAGAAAUGUACAUUACUGCACACUGAGAGCAGAGCUAUUGAUGGCCUUGCAUGACCUGGAAAUCCAAGAUAUCAUAUCGGUUGAUCCAUGUCAUAAGUUUACUUGGUGCUUAGAUGCAUGUAUAAGAGAACGAAAUGUUGAUAUAAAAAGGUCUAGAGAACUGCAAGGUUUCCUGGACAGUAUUAAAAGAGGACAAGAACAAGUUCUUGGAGAUCUUUCAAUGACCCUGUGCGACCCUUAUGCUAUUAACUUUUUAGCUACAUCAGCAAUUAAAAUUUUACAACAUUUGAUUAACACAGAAGGGCUUCCAAGGGAUAACACAAUAUUAAUACUUUUACUGAGAAUGUUAGCAUUGGGUCUGAGUGCAUGGGUAAUGAUUGAUUCACAAGAGUUUAAGGAACCUAAACUAGACAGCCAAGUAGUGACUAAAUAUUUACCUGCUCUUAUGUCCCUAAUGGUGGAUGAUCAAGUACGAGCAUUGCAUAAUAAGUUGCCCCCAGAUGAAAGAGAAUCUGCUAUAACUACUAUAGAACACUCGGGACCACCACCAGAUGCCUGUGAGGCUUACAUGAGAGAAAGCUCAGUUUGUGGUGUUCUAGCCAUGUAUUACACUCUUCAUGCAGCAAAACUAAGAGACCGAGGGGCCUUACUUAGAAUCCUUAGCAUUCUAGGCAGUUGCAAAGAUGGCAGAGCUUAUGAGGAUCCAUUCCUGCAUGCCUUGGUUGCCCUACUUAUUCAGUUGCCUGAUGAAUUUCAAGGUGAAGACUUCAGUACAGUUUUAUUCGAUGAGUUCUUUUUUGCUGGCCUCUCCAAGGAUAAUGUAACAAGACAUUUGUUGAAAUUGCUUUGGUACAUUCAUCCUAAGCUUCCGGAGACAAGAAUACAAACUCUAAUGAAAGCCUUACAGCCAGGCACACAACACAAUGAAUCUGUACAUAAAUUACAUGAAGCUUUACAACAAAAGUUAAAUUCACAAUCAGAGCCAGUACCAAGUACAAGUGAAAUGGAGUACUUAGACUCUCCAUUAAUGAGUGUGCCUACUCCAGCUCCUUAUCAUAUGUGA